AUGGCGGUGCCUGGCACCUUCCUUGCGCCCAUCCUCCUCCUCCUCUGUGGGCUGGGUCCCUACCUUGCUGCUGCCCACAGCCCCCCAGGGGUGGAGUGUGUCCUCUUCAACGAGGAGUACAUGACCUGCACGUGGGGGAGCAGAGAGACGCUCACAGCCAACUACUCCCUCUACUACUGGUACGAGAACAGGUCCCCCGUGGUGGAGUGCAAGCACUACCUGCAGGACCGGGGUGUCAGCAUUGGCUGCUACUUCAACCAGAGCGAGAUCAUCCAGUUCCAGCCUUUCCAUGUCCUCGUCAAUGCCAGCGUCGGCGGCAGGACCCUGGAGAUCCCCAGUGAGCGUAUGGAGCUGCAGGACCUGGUGAAACCGGAGGCGCCUGUCAACCUGACCAUCCGCAACAUGAGCAGCAACCAGCUGCAGCUGACCUGGAGCUCCCCGUACCCCAAAGCCCAGUGCCUGGAGCACGCCGUCAAGUACAAGAGCAACAAGGACACCAGCUGGACGGAGCACCGGGUGAAAGGAGACGUCUUCUCCUUCCCCAGCGUGGACUAUGAGAAGUACUACACCUUCUACGUCCGCAGCAAGAUCAACAGCUACUGCGGCAGCACCCAGCUGUGGAGCGAGUGGAGUGUCCCCAUAGUAUGGGGCAGCAAGGGCGCGGCGGAGGAGCAGCUGCACUGGUUCUGGAUCCACACGGUCUUGAUCCCCAUUGCCUUCUGCCUGCUCUUGCUGGUCCUUGUUGUCCUGCUGGUGCGCAUGGAAAGGGUGUGGGUCAUCCUCAUGCCCCAAAUCCCCAACCCCAGCAAGAACUUUGAUGAGCUCUUCAUCACCCAUAACGGCAACUUCCAGGAAUGGGCCGGAGUCCCCAAAGAUGUUGUGGAGAGCUUCAAGUCCAACUACAGCGAGAACAUCUGCUACGUGAAUGAGCUGCCCCCCAAGGACAGCUACGAGCCCGUCUGGGAGGGCAGCAACCACCCACCAUCUGUGAUGCCCGGCGACCCAGCUGCCUCCCACGAGCACAGCCCCUACAAGAACAGCUACGUGGGAGUGUGACACACCCCUGCGCCCCUGCACCCCGCACGCUCUGCACCCCCGCUCCCCGAAACGUUGCUGCCUCACAGGCCUCACUCCCCACUCCCAUCCUGCCUCCUCCAAAUGCCCAGGAACCCCAGCCCUGCUCCCUGCCAUGGCCACACUCAGCCCCCCGCAACACAGCGGCUAUACUGCACUGCAGGGUGCUAGGUGAGCACAGUG